CACUGCAUUCAUUGUCGUGGCACUAAAAAAUAUUUUCGUGGCAUUAACGCCGUCCCUAAACCAAUACGAAAAUUUAAGAAGCAUGGAUCAGCCAAUAAGGGUAUAUACUAUAAGAUUAUGAAAAUCAAAACUACCGUUUGUGCAUCUGCGCGUCCGCUACGUUCAGCCACAAAAUAAACAAACAAACAAUAACAACCAAACACUCCCUCAUCCAAUCAACGGGCUUCAAGUCCGGCAGUUUACUUAUAUAGACCACAGUCGAAUCACAAACACAACUAGUCAUGAGUUGGCCGAUCCAGUUGUAGCAUCUCAGAGUUUUGUCCCAGAGCAUGCUGUCUUUUGUCGACACAACUGCCAGGUAAAACAGAAUGGAACAAAUAACAGAUGACAUAGAAAUUAUGGAAGUGGGGGAGAUGGGAAGCGGCAGCGAAAGGUCAUCCUUGCUGCAGCAGCAUCUUGCAUCGAGUUUUCAAACUAAUUCUGCGACUGCUUCGGAUGGAAGGAGUUCGCCUGCUUCGGAUAAAUCGACUGCUACUUCAGAAGGAAGGAGUUCGACUUCGACUAUUUUCAAAGAAGGAAGGAGUUCGACUUCGACUAUUUUCAAUGGAAAGUGGUGGUUCAGUGAACAUGGUAGAGGAGAUCACGAAUUCGAAUAUGCUGCUAUCAAGACAUUACCCCCGACGGUACAACUAAGGACAUCCUUAUCGUAUCGCGCCUACUUAAGCAGCGCAAAGGAUAACAAGGGGAAGAACAUAGCGGUGGUUGAUAUCAAAGAGCUUAGAGAUGCAGAACGGCACUUGUUCGUCGACAACCUAUUGAAGAAAAUCGAAGAUGACAACCACCGGUUGUUACGGAAAGUUAGCCAGAGACUAAACAGGGUGGGUCUAGACUUCCCUACUGUGGAAGUGAGAUUCAAGAACUUACGUGUAAAAGCAGAAUAUCUACCUCAUGAGGAGUCAACACCUACUCUUUGGAAUGUCCUAAAACGCAUUUUCUCAGUUUGUACACUCAAUUGUCGGGCCAACAACACCAAAAUUCUACAAGAUGUCCAAGGCAUUCUCAAGCCUUCAAGGAUGACAUUACUACUUGGACCACCAGGAUGUGGUAAAACUACUUUGUUAAAGGCAAUUGGAGGCAAACUAGAUCAAUCUCUUAAGGUCACUGGAGACAUCUCCUACAACGGUUACAAGUUGAAUGAAUUUUUACCUCAGAAGACAUCUGCUUAUAUAAGCCAAUAUGAUGUUCACAUCUCGGAAAUGACUGUGAGGGAAACACUAGACUUCUCAGCAUGUUGUCAAGGCAUUGGAAGUGGGAGUGAAAUCAUGAUGGAAAUCAUUAGAAGAGAGAAGGAAGCUGGAAUUAUCCCUGACCCAGUUUUAGACACAUAUAUGAAGGCAACUGCUAUUGAAGGAUUAAACAAGACGCUUCGAACGGACUAUAUUUUGAAGAUCCUCGGGCUGGGAAAUAGUGCUGAUACAAUUGUGGGUGAUGCAAUGACAACAGGAAUCUCAGGUGGCCAAAAAAGAAGGUUAACAACAGGGGAAAUGAUUAUUGGCCCGAUAAAAGUCCUCCUCAUGGAUGAAAUAUCAAAUGGAUUAGACAGUUCAACCACUUUCCAGAUUGUUACUUGUCUACAGCAAUGGACACACGCCACAAGAUCCACCACUCUACUCUCUCUUCUUCAACCAGCGCAUGAGAUAUUUGACCUCUUUGAUGACCUCAUCUUGAUGGCAGAAGGAAAGAUUGCAUACCAAGGACCUCGCGAUAACGUCAUAGAGUUCUUUGAGCAUUGUGGUUUCAGGUGCCCACCAAGAAAAGGCAUUGCAGAUUUUCUCCAAGAAGUAGUUUCCAGAAAGGAUCAAGAACAGUACUGGUAUCAUACAAACCAAGCUUAUAAUUACAUCUCUGUCAAAGAUUUCAGAAAUGAAUUUAAGAAAUUUCAUGUGGGACGGAAGCUAGAUAAAGAACUCUCUCAGGAUUUUAUCAGAUCUGACUUUUACAAGAAUGCUUUGUCAUUCAACGUCUAUUCUUUGAGGAAAUGGGAACUAUUCAAAGCAUGCAUGGCUAGAGAAUGGCUUCUUAUGAGGCGCAACUCAUUUGUUCAUGUAGUUAAAUCUGCACAGCUCGUAGUCAUUGCCCUAAUAACAAUGACAAUGUUUUACACACGGGUGAACAUCAAUUUGAUCCAGGCAAAUUACUUCAUGGCUUCUCUAUUUUAUGCACUCAUGAGACUUAUGACCAACGGAAUUACGGAAUUGUCAAUGACUAUUUCCAGACUCGCUGUCUUCCAUAAGCAAAGAGAUAUGUACUUUUAUCCCGCAUGGGCAUAUACCAUUCCAACAGCUAUUCUUAAAAUCCCCUUUUCAUUUGUCGAUGCUUUUCUUUGGACGGCUCUUACCUAUUAUGUCAUUGGUUACAGUCCCGAACCAGAAAGGUUCUUUCGCCAACUCAUGAUUCUUUUCCUUCUACAUCAAGUAUCAAUAUCAUGGUUUCGCUUGGUUGCUUCUGUGUUCCCAAAUCCAUCCGUUGCUACAUCUUUUGCUCUCUUCUCCUUAGUAGCAAUGAGCUGUUUUGGAGGAUUCAUAAUCCCACAACCUUCUUUGCCUACUUGGCUGAAAUGGGGCUUUUGGGUUUCUCCAUUAGCUUAUGCUGAAGUAGGUGCUUCUAUAAAUGAAUUCUUGGCUCCAAGGUGGCAAAAGGCUUCACCUUCAAAUGCUACAAUAGGGAAUGAAGUUCUAAUGGUCCAUGGCCUGAACUAUAGUGACUUCUUUUAUUGGAUAUCAGUAGGUGCAUUGAUUGGAUUUUGGUUAAUCUUUAACAUUGGUUUCACAUUUUCAUUGAGCUAUUCAAAGCCCCCAGGAAAAUCUCGAACUAUUAUUUCCCAUAAAAAGUCCUUAGAAGAGCAGCUUCAUUUUGCUUCUGCCAAUGCUUCUGCAAAAGAGAAAAAGAAAGGAGUGGUGUUAUCAUUUGAGCCGAUGACGAUAACAUUCAACAAUGUGCAGUAUUUUAUCAACGCUCCUAAGAAAACAGGAGAACAUGAAUCCAAAACGGAACGGGUACAGCUUCUUAAAGAUGUCACUGGAACAUUUAGGGAUGGAGUUCUUACAGCCUUAAUGGGUGCUAGUGGAGCUGGUAAAACAACACUUAUGGAUGUCCUUUCUGGAAGGAAAACUGGCGGUAUUAUUGAAGGUGACAUUAGAAUUGGAGGUUAUCCAAAAGUCCAAGAUACCUACUCUAGGAUUUCUGGUUACUGUGAGCAAAGUGACAUACAUUCCCCACAGGUUACAAUACACGAGUCAUUGACAUACUCAGCUUGGCUACGCUUGCCACCAGAUAUUGAUCAAAAUACAAAAUCAGAAUUCGUUGCAGAGGUUUUGCACAUGAUGGAACUUGACGGCAUUAAAGAUGCCUUAGUUGGCUUUCCUGGUGUAAGUGGCAUUUCGAAUGAGCAGCGGAAGAGGUUAACUAUAGCUGUAGAGCUUGUUUCUAAUCCAUCCAUAUUAUUCAUGGAUGAACCUACUACCGGUCUUGAUGCCAGAGCAGCUGCUAUCAUCAUGCGGGUUGUAAAAAACAUAGUCAAUACAAGGAGGACAGUGGUGUGCACCAUUCACCAGCCAAGUAUUGACAUAUUCGAGGCAUUUGAUGAGAUAAUAUUGAUGAAGAGAGGUGGACAAAUAAUAUACUCUGGGGAGUUGGGAAAGCAUUCAAACAAACUGAUUGAGUACUUUGAGGCUAUUCCUGGAGUGCCCAAAAUUCGUGAGAAUUACAACCCUGCAACAUGGAUGUUAGAGGUUACAAGUCCAUCUGCAGAAGCUCAACUUGGUUUAAACUUUGCCCGUGUCUACGAUAAGUCUAGUCCAUGUCGGAACACCAAAGAACUCGUUCGAAUCCUAAGCAUACCAGCAAAAGGUUCAGCAGAACUAUCUUUUUCUACAAGCUUUCCACAAAAUGGAUGGGAACAAUUCAAAGCAUGUCUCUGGAAACAAAACCUGUCCUAUUGGAGGAGUCCUAAGUAUAACAUAGUGCGCUUGGUGUUUAUUACCAUGGUAUCUUUGUGUUUGGGAGCAGUGUUUUGGCAGAAAGGAAGGGAAAUAAAUAGCGAACAGGAUUUGUUCAACAUUGCAGGAGCAAUAUUCAUUUUCCUACAAUUCUUGGGAAUAGGGAACUGCUCAUCUGUUAUAUCAUUUAUAGCUACGGAACGCCCAGUUAUGUACAGAGAGAGAUUUGCUGGAAUGUACUCCUCUUGGGCAUAUUCAUUUGCACAGGUGACGAUUGAGAUUCCAUAUGUGUUCUUUCAAGCACUUUUAUUCGUCCUAAUCACAUACCCAACCAUAGGUUUCUAUUGGUCAAUCAGCAAGGUGCUUUGGUAUAUGUACGUGAUGUUUUGUACCAUGUUGUACUUCACUUACAUUGGCAUGUUGCUUGUUGCGUCGACACCAAAAGUUCAACUUGCAUCUAUAUUGGCCAGCUUCUGUUACACGAUGACAAACUUGUUCGCUGGGUUCCUCGUGCCUGGACCGAACAUUCCAAAAUGGUGGGUUUGGUUUUACUGGAUAUGCCCAAUGUCCUGGUCUCUAGAAGGCAUUCUUACAUCACAAUACGGAGAUAUUGAGAGAGAAAUAAGUGCAUUUGGGGAACAAAAAGCACUCAAUGCCUUCUUAGAAAGUUAUUAUGGGUAUCAUCAUCACCACUUGGGUGUUGCAGCAUUAGUUCUUUUUGCUUUCCCACUUGUCUUCGCUACUUGUUUUGCAUAUGCUAUAGCGAAACUGAACUUUCAAAGGAGGUAAGAACACUGCCAUUUUAGUUGUGGUACAUGAAUCAACAUCACCAGUUUCAAUCACUAGAUCAGCAGCGGUGGCGACAAAAGGAAAUCCAAUGGAAGCGGUCGGGAGGCAAACCAAAUGGAGUUUCCUCUUGAUCGGCAGUGGUUAAGGUGUUUCUUGGUGGGGGUGGUUCUCGAGAGCAGUGAGAUUUUCAAGGUCCUCCCAAGCAAUGUGAGCCUUUUGGGGGUGUUGCUGCUUGGGUUUUCAAGUUUGGCACAGGAAGCAUAUUGUGGACAGUAUUUUUCAUUCUCAUUGCUGUUUUAUCGUCUUUAAAAGAAUCGAGAGCCUGGGCGUUAGGAUGAGUUUUUGCGAGUACAAUUUUGUAGUAGCAGAGUCUGUGUCUAGUUUUCGAAACUCUCUCAAUGGCUCAAUGCAUUUCUUUUCAUUUCGUAUUGAUUUUAUGAAUGAAAUUUUGUUUACCAAUCAAAAGAAAAAAACUGUUGUGAUGAACUUCAACAUUAAAAA